CACGCAGCGUCAGCAGCAGCUCCAAACGCCUCUCUUGCCAGUUUGCAUCCUGGUGAGGAGAUAUCAAUCGUUAGGCACCGCUGAGCUUUUAUCAAUCAAAUACUGAAUAUAAAUAGUACGCAUAACCAGUCUGACAGUUUACGCAUGGAUUUCAGAUCAUUAGAGAUGCGUUCAUCGGUGUUUAGUAGCUAAGCGAUUACUGUAAUUUGUAGGCUUCUUUACGUGAAGCUUUCCAGAUAUCUUACUGAAAUGAUCCCGAUGUUUAUUUUGUUACAUACAAAUAUUGACAAAUAUAAAUGAACAAUGAUUAAUGUUGUCACAAUGCGUGGUGUAAAUAGUGCAUUAAUAUUUUAGCCUUAUCUCUCGCUUUCUUACUGUAAUACUAAUUGUAAAUAUGCAUUCAUGUUUAAAAUAGCAUCCUUUCUCGCUGUAUGUUAUUAUUGUUUUAAUAUUAAUAUAUGAACGUGUUGUAAAUAAUGCAUUCAUGUUUUAUUAAUUAUCCUCUCUUUUACACUCAUUCCCCUGUGACUCACGUCAAGGCAAGUCCGCGUUCAUGCGAGUUCACGUGGGUACCUUCACGGCCACCGUACUUACAGAUGUUACAACCAACCGGCUAGCUUGCGUUGUCUUUAUUCAUUCAUACAUACGAUACACACCCGGCAAAAUAUCCAAAAUAAUUAGUAGUACCAGAGAAACACGUUGAGUUAUAAAGGCUUAUCUGCUCAUUACCGAUACCAGAACCCGAUAAUGUGCGUUUUAUUGCAAAUGCGAUAAUUGAUUAGCUCAGCUGUGUUGAGCUCUUUGUUAAAGGGAGAGAGGGGCAUUACUGUUAUUGUCUAAAAUGAGCUCAUUUUUAUUGAUGGACUGUUUCGGCGAACGACGAGUCAGGUGACUGUAUCGAUUCAGAUUCAUGACAUGUUAUUUAAACCUGGAUUCAGCUGUUGUCAAAGCAUAACGUGAACAAUGAGAAGAAAGACUGGAGCUGCAUCCUCAAAUCAUGCACAUCUCACGGAGUCUGAUACUAUCAUCCCGGAGACGCCUGAACCCAAGCGUCCAUCGGGAACAUCUCUUUCUAUUGCCCAUUCUGACUCUAAUGACUCUGAUAUUGAGAUAUCUGGAAGUUCUUUGAUACAGGAAAGGCAAGAAGAGUCUGAGAGGAAAUUAGCAUUGACUGAGAAUGAGAUAUCACCGUCUUCCGGUGAAGAAGAAUUACCUGUUCAGAAGAAUAACAGAACAACAAGAUCUACCUCACAAACAUGUCAGAAACAGUCACAAAAGGUGACCAGGAGCGCUUCCCCCUCGCCCCUGAAGACAUCUGGGAGAGCAGAGUCUGAUUCGGUCCACGGGAGGAGACAUCAGCAGAUGCGUGGGUCCUCCCAGGAGAGCAGCUGCUCCCAGCACGGCAAAAGUGUGCAGGAUCCGUCGAUAGAUGAUUCAGAGGACGAAGAGCCAAAACCGGGAUCCAAAGAACAGGAACGUAUGCUGAGAAAACUCCAGAGGAAGUUUCCACAUCUGAAUAAAAAUGAACUCAGGGAUGUACUGCACGAACACAGCUGGCUUGUUGAAGAUGCCUUAGAAGCACUACGAAUGUUUUCUGACACUGGAGUUGAGUCUGAAGACAGUGAAUCUCAAAAUUCCCCUGCUGCCAAACGCACCAAGCGGGUCAGAAACACCCGACAGCAAACUCAGGUCGCCCAGAGUUCCAGCACACCCGAACCGAAACCAUGCAGGCCUCUUAGGAUGACCAGAACUUCUCAGAUGAGCGGAAGGCAAUCGGUGGUGAGCUCAGAUGACGAAUACAUCGACUCUGAGGCCUCUUCCGUGCAUCUGUUACUGGACUCUGAUUCUGACCAAUCGGAGGAGACGCUAUCCCAACUCAAGUCUGAGAUCCUUGGCUUUUUCCAAGCGGCUUCAGUAGACGAGCUCACACUCAUUGCAGGAUGCUCUUUGAAAAAGGCCCAAAAAAUCAUUGAGCUCAGACCAUAUGAAACGUGGAAAGAUCUGGAUGAUGCUAUACGCAGAAGGAGCGGCCUUUCCACCGAGCUGCUGGCAGGAUGCCGUGAGGUUCUAAAGGAGAGAGAAGUUGUGAAAGACCUCAUGAGCAAGUGUGAGGAGAUUUCUGGAAAGCUGGUGCAAGAUGUAACCCAAGUGUUGAACAAGGGCCUGGGUUCAAUGAGCCAGCCGGAGAUCCUCACCAGCACAUUUCAGUUGAAGCCAUACCAGCUGAUAGGACUGAACUGGCUUACACUACUACAUCAGAACAAACUGAGUGGAAUCCUGGCAGAUGAGAUGGGUUUGGGGAAGACCAUCCAGGCCAUCGCAUUUCUGGCCUACCUAUAUCAGGAAGGAAAUCAUGGGCCUCAUCUCAUCACCGUUCCUGCCUCUACACUCGAUAACUGGGUCAGGGAACUAAACCUGUGGUGCCCCAGUUUGAAAGUGCUGGUGUAUUAUGGGUCUGCUGAAGAUCGAAAGUACAUGCGCUAUGAGAUACUAAAUCACAUGGUGGAUUACAACAUCAUAGUUUCAACAUACAACCUGGCUAUUGGAAAUAACAGUGACCGCAGCCUGUUUAGCAAGCUCAAGCUGGAGUAUGCCGUGUUCGACGAAGGCCACUUGCUGAAGAACAUGAACUCUCUGCGCUAUAGACAUCUCAUGGCCAUCAAUGCCAAACAUCGCCUGCUGCUCACGGGAACCCCACUGCAGAACAACCUUCUCGAACUCAUGUCCCUGCUCAACUUCAUUAUGCCCAACAUGUUCUCCAGCAGUACUUCGCAGAUCUCCAAGAUGUUCUCCAUGAAGUCCUCUGAAGAGCAGAGCAGUUUCGAGAGGGACAGGAUUGCCCACGCCAAACUCAUCAUGAAGCCGUUCAUCCUCAGACGGGUGAAAAGCGAGGUCCUGAAGCAACUGCCUGCCAAAGAAGAGCAGAUUGAAUUUUGCGGCAUGUCCGAAAGGCAACAGAAACUGUACAGCGCCCUGUUUGACAAACUGAAGCGUUCUGGUAAUGGAGAAAAGCGCGAGCUGACCAAUGUGAUGAUGCAGCUGAGGAAGAUGUCCAACCAUCCGCUCCUUCACCGGCAGUAUUAUACCUCAGAGAAACUUAAAGCCAUGAGCAAGCUCAUGCUUAAGGAACCGAGUCACCGUGAUGCCGAUCCGGCUCUGAUCAAAGAGGACAUGGGGGUGCUAUCAGACUUUGAAUUACAUCGCCUCUGUCAGCAGUAUUGUGCGCUGCAGGAAUACCAGCUGGACACAGAUGUACUGCUGGACUCUGGAAAGCUUAGCCUCCUCACACAGCUGCUCGAGUCCCUAAAGGAGAAGGGUGACCGAGUGGCGCUCUUCAGCCAGUUCACGAUGAUGCUUGAUAUUUUGGAAGUGUUCCUGAGACACCGUAAGCACAGAUACAUACGAAUGGACGGUUCGACACCCAUGAGUGACAGAAUUGGGCUGAUUGACCAGUUUAACACAGACAGGGACAUAUUUGUGUUCCUGCUGUCCACCAGAGCCGGAGGGCUGGGUAUUAACCUGACAUCUGCCAAUGUGGUUAUCCUUCAUGAUAUUGACUGUAACCCUUACAACGACAAACAGGCUGAGGACCGCUGCCACAGAGUGGGACAGACCAGGACGGUAAAGGUGAUCAAGCUGAUAAGUAAAGACUCUAUAGAGGACGCCAUGCUGCGGAUCGGAGAAAGAAAACUCAGACUAGAGCAAGACAUGACUGCCAUUCAAGAAGGUGAAGAAGACACGUUUUCUGAGGAUAUGACUUCUCUGCUCAAAGCGUCUCUUGGACUUUGAGAGCCAGCUCAGAUUCAAAGCGUACUGUGAUGUUGUGACACUUGACUGAAUUUAAAACAAGUACUGUAGCACACUGAAACGUGCUUUACCAAUACUACCUGCAAAAAUGAUGUAUUAAUGAGCACCUAUGUUUACAUUUCUGGUUAAAGUACUGUAAUACUGUUUUCUAUGUUUGAUUGUUUCUGUGUUUUUGUAUAUGUGUAAAAGUGUUUGAUUAAA